AUGGGUCCCCCUCGCUCUCACCUGCUUCGGCCGCAUUACCAACAGUCUUGCCCACCCCAUCUUCCAUCCCACCACGCGCCAUGGCGCCGAGUGGCAUCAGAUGAAACCGAGGCAGCAAAGCUAGAACGGCUGGUUACUAGAUCGACUUUGAGGCAAGCCAGUCUCUUGAAGGCAGUGAAGACGAGAGCGAGCAACUGUAUAAGCUACACCUCUUUUAUGUAUUGCCACGAGUGUGCUUGUCUGCCUUCAUCUGUAGUUGUGCCUUUGUGUGUGGAUAUGGGGAUGACAUCUGCUGUCGGAGUGAGCUGCAGGCGACCACCAGACGAUUGUGGUGGCGGCAAGUCAAGACCCCAUUAG